AUGCCUUUCUCUCGCACUUUAUCGGUUGUCGGAUGCCACGCGGAGGGCGAAGUAGGUGACGUGAUCACCGGUGGCGUCUUGGAUGUCCCUGGCGACACAAUGUACGACAAAUUGCUUUAUUUUCUGAACAAAAAGGACGAGAUUCGCCAACUCCUCCUAAACGAGCCUCGCGGUCGGGCUUCGAUGAACACCAACCUGAUUCUGCCGCCAUGUGACCCACGAGCCGAUGCCGGGUUCUUGAUCAUGGAAAGCGAAGAAUAUGCACCAAUGUCGGGAUCCAACACCAUCUGUACGGCCACGGUAUUAUUGGAAACCGGUAUGGUUCCAAUGAAGGAGCCAAUCACAGUGUUGAACUUGGAUACCGCUGCUGGAUUGGUCACCGUGAACGCAAGAUGCGAAGGAGGCAAGUGCAAGUCGGUGGCAUUUGAUAAUGUACCUGCAUUUGUCUUUAAGCUCGACUAUAAAGUCAAUGUACCUGGCAUUGGAGACAUUGCAGUGGACAUUGCUUGGGGAGGGAUGAUGUAUGUUUUAGUCGAUGCUGCUGCUCUGGGUUUGAAAAUCGACUCUCAACAUAGCACACAGCUAGUCGAUAUGGGCGAACGUGUCAAACGGGCAGUCCAGGCAUCAUAUACCCCCGUCCACCCAGAGAACCCCAAGAUCAGGGGUGUUACCAACAUAGUCAUCGCAGAGCCUCUGACAGAAGAGAACGACUGCAAAAUUGCAGUCAAUACCGUGGUGGUCUCGCCCGGGCGAUUUGAUCGCAGUCCUUGUGGAACUGGGACGUGCGCCCGACUUGCGGUUUUGCAUGCCCGGGGUCAGAUCAAGGAGAAUGAGAUCUUCAAACACCGCAGCAUUAUCGGAACGGAGUUCAUCAGUCACAUUCGGGGCAUAACACAAGUUGGCGAAUAUCAAGCGGUGCUUCCAACUGUGGCAGGGCGGGCAUGGAUCACCAGUUUCAAGCAGGUUGUGCUGGACUCGACUGACCCGUUUCCAGAAGGGUUCAGGGUUGGAGAUCAAUGGAAGAUGAUACCGCAGUAG